AUGUCAAAGGUAUCCGCCAAUGAUCUACCAACCAGGAGAGCAACUCCACUCAUUCCUAUCCCCAUGACCAUUUAUGAAAUAAGGGAUGGAUAUCAUUGGCCCCCUACCAUCGGCUCCAGAAUGCCUGCCAAGAUCGUAUGCGACAAUGGAAAGCAAUUCGCCGGCAGCAAAAUGACAAAGUUUUUUGAAGAUCACAAAAUAAAACGAAUCUUGUCAAUACCGUAUCAUCCUAGUGGGAACGGACAAGCCGAAUCGACAAACAAGACCGUCCUCCAAAAUCAGAAGAAAAGAUUGAGCGAAGACAAAGGGAAAUGGCGAGAAGUAUUGCUCGAGGUCCUUUGGGCGUAUCGAACAACGUCGAAAUCUAGUACAGGGGAAACACCGUUCUCUUUAGUCUACAGUGUCGAAGCUCUGAUCCCGGUUAAAGUCGGGGAACCUAGCUUUAUGUUUCGGUAUGCAAUGGAAGAGGCAAACCACGAGGCUAUGAAUAUGAGUGUUGAAUUGCUAGAUAAAAGGCGGGAAGCCACCCGCAUUCGAAUGGCCGCAGAGAAACAGUGGUUCGGGAGGUAUUAA